CGUAAAAUCGCAUCCAACCCAUGACGCAACAGCAAGGGAGGAACGACGAGCAAAUCCGUGAUCAUCUCCAGUCGAGAGGUGACAUCCUUGCGAGCCAGCGAGCUCCUCCAGUCAAGUCAGUCCACCCUAAAUAGGUCGUGAUCGAGAUCCUUUCGGGACUCUCCGGUGGGCGUGCAUGCGUGCGUAAAAUGGAGCCGCGUGUGUGCGCAGCGCUGCGCGGCACACUUGUGUCACACACCGACGGACAAACUUGCUUUUAACGAGGGAAAGCUGCAGCGUGCAUGGCGGCUUCCCCCGAAACGAUGAUGUGAAGUCAGUCACGAGCGGGCGAGUCAGUUGCGCCAAGGAAGGAAGAAAAGAUGCUGCAUGAGCGAGGCUGCGAGAGGACAUUUAAACCAAGCUUCCAGACCGCCUAGCUCCGCUUGGACUGUAAGCAGGAUCACAAUGGAGAGCCUCAGUGAGCUCCAGAAUCCUCUUCUGGACAAAAGCAACAAGCGGCUAGUCCACGGUUACCAUGGCGACUACCCAAGCCAGCAGCAGCACCAGGACGGCCUCAUGGGCUACCUCUACAGCGGGAGCCAUGACGAGCACAAGUCUCAACAGUUCCUGGACGCCACCUCGCUGCAUCUAGCGGUGGAGGCCUUCUACAAGCCUGAUUUCAUCCUGUGCAAGGAUGACGUGAGCCUGCACAGCAAAGACUCCAAGAGCGAGAGCUUUGAGACCACCUUUACUGAGAACAAAGACGUGGCGCCGGGGGACGAGAAGCAACUGGGCGGCACCCAAGGAGGGAAGGAUGUGAAGAUCCAGACGGUGUCGUAUGAGGUGGAGGAUGAGCAGGCUCCUGAGUAUGAGAGUGACAGCUCCAGUGAGAGCGAGAGCGAAGACAACUUCCUGGUGCUUCCUCCUCGGGACUACCUGGGCCUGACUAUCUUCUCCAUGCUCUGCUGCUUCUGGCCUUUGGGCAUUGUUGCUUUCUGCUACUCUCACAAGACCGGCAAGGCCGUCGCUAAGGGAGACUUCUCCAGAGCUGGAAUGAGCUCCAGGAGAGCCCUUUUCUUGGCUGCGCUUUCCAUUACCAUUGGCACGGGAAUGUACGUGGGGGUGGUGGUGGCCCUCAUCGCCUACCUGUCCAAGCCCGGACAUGUAUAACACUGGCAAUAGAAGCAGACAAAUGGGAGGAGGAGAAUGGACUUCAUCACUCCUGUGGGCUGCUGGUUGUCAAAGUAGAAUAAGAGGGAAGGAAGAACAAGAAAGCUGUUUGGACAUUCAAAUGGAUCUUGAAUUUUGGGGAUGGACUCUUAAAAGAAGAAAGGAAACAGCCUCCCUAUUAAGAAAUAUUUCCCUGCUUAAUUUAGAAUGAAUGUAUUCACUCUCAAUACAAUCGCAGCGUCAAAGAUUUCUUUUUAUAUUGUCCAGAUUGAGAAAGAAAAUGUAGAUUGUCUUUGUGUAGACAAAAAGCUGCUGAGCAGUGGUCACUAGGGAUAUUUGUGUUUAUUCUGUACUGUCCACCAAAUUAAAUGAACACUUUUGGCAUGAAUAAUAAAUAAACGUCGCUUCUACAAAUGUC